UAGUCAGUGGUGUGACGUGUACUAAUGCAAUCUGUGGUUUUGCCAGCAUAGCAGCCGCCUGUUGUUCCUUAUAUUGAUUGGUAAGGUUUUCCACUCGUUUCGGAGACUUUAUUUACUGAUAAUGGAGAGGGGACAUGCUGCCCCCGGCCCCCAGCUGGUGCUUGGAUGAGUCGACGAGCCUGGGGGACGGAGUAGCAGAGACCUAAAGAGAAUGGGCAGGAGGGGCUGGGGCUGCAGGCUACCUGUCUCUCCUAUUGCCUCCACGGCAGUCCUCUACGGCUCCCUGGCCCUGUUUGUCUCCAUCCUGCACAAUGUCUUCCUGCUGUACUACGUGGAGACGUUUGUCUCCAUCUACAAGAUCGACAAGCUGUCUUUCUGGGUGGGAGAGACAGUGUUCCUGAUAUGGAACAGCUUGAACGACCCUCUCUUUGGCUGGCUGAGUGACCGUUCCUUCCUCAGCUCCCCACAGUCCGGCCCCCAGAUCUCCAGCCCGGAGGUGGUACUGAAGCGUCUGUCUGCCCUCUCCCGGAGUGGCCCUCUGUUGGCCCUCUCCUUCCUGGCCUUCUGGGUGUCCUGGGCUCCACCGGGCAUCCAGUUCCUGCUGUGCCUGUGCCUAUAUGAUGGCUUCCUGACUGUGGUGGACCUGAAUCACAAUGCCCUGCUGGCCGACCUGGCCUUGUCUGCGGACGACCGCACACGCCUCAACUUCCACUGCUCGCUGUUCAGCGCCCUGGGCUCGCUCUCCGUGUUCCUGUCCUACGCCGUCUGGGACAAGGGCGACUUCUACUCAUUUCGGCUGUUUUGCGUGACGCUGGCGGCUGGCUCGGCACUGGGCUUUGCCACCGUGACACGCCUGCUGAAGAGCCGUUUUCAGAAGGAGGCGCGUGUGUGUCAGGAUGAGGCGCUGAAGCUAAAGGAGUUGAGUAUCGGCCAGAGCAGUCUGACCCAAGAGGAGAAGCCGGUGACUGUAGGACAGUAUCUGAAGCAGCUCUCCAAGCACAGGAACUUCAUGUGGUUUGUCUCUAUGAACCUGGUCCAGGUGUUUCACUGCCACUUCAACAGCAACUUCUUUCCCCUGUUCCUCGAGCACCUCCUCUCUGACAGCAUCUCCGCUUCCACCGGCUCCAUCCUGCUGGGCAUUUCCUACAUAGCACCCCACCUGAACAACAUGUACUUCCUGACACUGUGUCAGCGCUACGGGGCCUACGCGGUCAUCCGCUGGCUGUUCCUGGUCAAGCUGGCCCUCAGCGCGGCCAUGCUCCUGGCCGGGGCUGACCAAGUCUACCUGCUGUGCCUCUUCAUCGCCAGUAACCGGGUGUUUACUGAGGGCACCUGCAAGCUUCUGAACUUAGUCAUUACUGACCUGGUGGACGAGGACUUUGUGGUGAACCGGCGACAGCAGGCCGCAUCUGCUCUACUCUUUGGAAUGGUGGCCCUGGUGACCAAGCCCGGCCAGACCUUCGCCCCUCUUAUCGGGACCUGGCUGCUGUGUCUCUACACAGGCUACGAUAUCUUUGACAGGAGCUCCGUACAGGACACGGCAGCGGCGCUCACUAUCUCGGGUCAAGCGAGCGCCAUUGUUCCACUGCGCCAGGGCUGCUUCUACCUGCUGGUGUUCGUGCCCAUCUCCUGUGCCCUGCUGCAGCUGCUGGCCUGGUCCCGUUUCACCCUGCACGGUCGCAGGCUGCAGGGCGUCAAGGCCCUGAGGCAGGGGGCCCAGCAUGGCCACCUCCUGGACGUCAAGGCCAUAUGACCCGGAGAGGGCACGGCCGUCCCAACUCCGUCACCUGACCCCCAUGAUUCUAUACCACCCUCUACCGCUGGGGUCAGCGUAGAGGGACAAACUAAGGAAAACCCCACUGUUGAGUUGUGACACACUUGUGUAUAUUCAAAAUAACUUGCCUUAUUUUGAUAUUAAGAUGACAAAGACUAUAUUUAUGUACGAACUGAUGACCAAAUUAUACAGAAGGGCCGAGCCGAUAAGAAGCCCACGCGCUCCUCUCCAGGAUAGGGUUCACUCAGCCAGUAGACAACAUCCUCGGUUGAGGUGCAUCCCUACAUUAUCACCGUCUGGUUAACCUACAUUAUCACCGUCUGGUUAACCUACAUUAUCACCGUCUGGUUAACCUACAUUAUCACCGUCUGGUUAACCAAAGUGAGAGGCUGCAGAGAUAUUCGACAGGCUGUUUUCCUUUUCUGAUGUCUGAAGGAAAUUUGUGUUCAAACAUGAGCAAAUUGGAGAAAAAUCUAAAUUCUGAUUUGGCAUUGACUCUAAUCCUUGGACGUGUAAAGCGGGUUGUGUUACCACAACCGGUUGAUUCUGUUUUUGUUAAAUGGUUUGCGUUGUCAAAUCAAGUACGUGUGUUUGCACUGUGGACAGAGAGGGUUCAGUGAGAUGACAUCCAUAUCCAGUGUUCAACUGCUAAUCCAAAUCUCAUGCGUUGUUUUAUUUAGCUGAUGAGUGACAUUUACUUGGUCGUAACAAAACAAGAUCUUAAGCACCAUGUUUACAUUUUGUAACCCAAGUACGGAAAUUAUUUUAUAGAGAAUUGAAAAACAGACUUCAAACUGUGCCGUGAUCUCCCAAUGGUAAUGGAGAAGAAUACAUUCCAUGAUUCUAUUACAAAUAUGUUCUUAAACAUGCCAAUUUAUUCAUCUAAACAAGUGUUCUCAUAGUUUGUCAUACCAAAGUCACCCUCUAAUGGUGUUUUGGAGUGAUUCAGGAAUUGUACAAUGAAAUGUGAGUUACUUGGCCACAAUGGAAAUCUUACAAGACAGCUGUCCAGCAUUCAGCGUAGAUGCCUGUAUUUUGCCCGUUUUGUCAAAAAUGCUGUAAAAUGUUUGUGUGGUUGUACUUCUGGUCUUUGUAGCACCUGCCGUUUCUCAAACCAUCUUUGUGACUUAAAGGGAUCUCAGUACUGGAGCUUUUGAAAAGUCUUAACCCCUUUUACAGAUCUGUUUUUAAAUAAAUAAUGAUAUAAUGAUU